AUGGUGAUACCCAACCGGUCGAUGUCAGGCUGCUCAAGUUCAUCCUUGAAGAUUCCGUCGAAAGAUGCUGUAGCCCGAAGCGCCAAGGAAAUGGACAAGGUCGUCGAGGAUCUGGAAGUCCGGACCUAUUCCUUCAAAAACUAUGGCAAGAAUUUCCCCAAGCAGUUGAAGCUGUCACCAGAUAGCUUCAUUCAAAUGGCUUUCCAAUUGGCUUACUAUAGGCUUUAUAACAAAGUCCUACCAACUUAUGAAACUGCCACACUGCGACUUUUUGCUGAAGGCCAACAGUAUCCGAGAAUAUUCGAUUGCCAGUGUAAAAUCGAGGAAUAUGUGCGAAGCUAUGCAAUCGACCGAUCGAUGGAUACCGAAAAGUAUCAACUCUUCCGGAGGCUGCUGAAUAUCAUAAAGAUCUUGCUAAAGAUUGUAUGGCAAACAAAGGAAUGGACCGACAUCUUUUGGCCUGGAGGUUCCCACCAAAAUUUCAUUCAAAUGUGCUUCGGCCCAUCGGAUCCCGAUUGCUAUGGUAUCUGCUACAAUCCACAGGAAACGGAAUUGCACUUUACUGUAACAGCGUUCAAUCAGGAGCCCACCACAUCUGCUAAAAGAUUCGUCGCUGAAUUAGGAAAUACUUUCAACGAUCUCGAGCGUCUCUGCGGACGCUUCAUAGACACCAAGCCCCAAAUCCAAAUUAAUGAC